AUGGCUCGAAUACUAAUUACAGGUUCGUCUGAUGGACUCGGAUCCCUCACGGCGCGCGCUCUGGUCAAGCGUGGCCAUUCUGUCGUUCUACACGCGAGGAACGAACAACGCGCUCAGGAUGCGCGAGCUGCCUGCCCAGAAGCCGAGACAUGCCUCGUGGCCGACCUCUGCGACAUUUCACAGACCAAACAAUUAGCCAGAGACGCGAACGCGCUCGGAGCGUUUGACGCCGUCAUCCACAAUGCCGGCCUGUACACGGGGCCCUACAGAAAGACAAGGGAAGGCUGGCCUAGCGUCUUUGCGGUAAACACCUUGUCGCCAUACAUUCUCACCUGCCUGAUCCAACCCACGCCGAAACGGCUCGUCUACGUGUCGUCGGGUCUGCACAACGGUGGCGAUGCUUCUCUGAAAGACCUCACGUGGCAGCAGCGCGGCGGCGAGCGCGGGUUUUCGGAUUCUCAGGCCUACGGUGACACGAAGCUGCACAAUGUGAUGCUCGCGGCUGCGUUUGCUCGCCGAUGGCCCGACGUGCAGAGCAGUUCACUCGAUCCUGGAUGGGUGCCUACGAAGAUGGGAGGGAGCUCGGCUUCGGGCGACAUCGACGCCGCCGUCAAGACUUAUGUUUUGUUGGCCGAAGGGCCUCCCGACGGCGUCUCAGGGAAGUACUGGUUCGGCAGUCGAGUGCGAUCCCCCAAGACACAGGCGGACGAUCGAGCACUUCAGGACAAAUUGAUCGAGCAGCUGCAGGAGAUCACAGGUGUGCCAAUGCCGUGA